CAAAGUGCGGGUUUUGGAGAAGCGUAAUAUAAGAGAUUCACAGUUUAGUCCCAAUAAUAAGUAUAGACCGUUUAUCUUGCAAGAUGAAGAGGGAACAAAAGUAUUUGCCAUGGCAAACAGCAGAGACAUUGAUCAAGUUGAUCGAGUACUUGAUUUGAAUAAAACUUACAACAUAACUAAUGCGGUUGUGUUGCCAAGUAAAUAUAAUGUGCAACCGCCAUCGCCACAUUACAAGUAUGUUUGGAUGCUCAAUAGGCAGACUUAUAUUGAAAAAGUCCCUGAUUCAAAUGAAAUUGAAAUAUCAAACAAGCAAGAAGAUACACUAACAGCAUUUCAUGAGUUCUACAACCUUAUUGGAACUAAGUGUCCCAUAAAUUUCAUGGCCAUUGUUCUAGAAAAGAUGCCCCGAGAAUAUAUUUCAGUUAAAAAGACGGUAAAGACAGCAUACGAAUUCACAGUUGUUAAUGAAGAAAUGAAGCCAAUGUUACUGACAUUGUGGGAAGACUUUGCCAUUUAUCAAGGGAAGGAACUCAUGUCUGUGUUGGAUUGUGGCCGCUUCCCAAUAAUUUUGGGAAAGAGGGUUAUUGUCAACAACUUUAAUGGUGUUUCCCUAUGUGCUCAAUCCGAUUCCAUCUUUGAAGUGAAUCCCACGAAUCCAAGAUCUGAAUCCCUUAAAAGAUGGCGAGAUGAGAGCAUUGAUCUUAUGAAGAGGUACAUCGACCUGAAGACAUAUAAACAUGCCUUAAUUGCGCUUGCAUAUCCUCCUGGCCAACUGAAGACCAAAGUUGUUAACAUUGCCGAAAUGAAUACCCAGGGCAAAGGAGUUUGGGUGGAAGUACAUAUGCGAAUUAUAGACGACGCGGCAAGUUUCUACAUUGGUUGUGACUAUUGUAAUCGAAAAGUUUGUGGGCCGGAAGGGGGAAGCUAUAGAUGUUUGGAUUGUGGCAAUCCUAAUGCACGCGCUGAAAAGAAGUACAAGAUGGAAGUUGAGUUGAGUGAUGAAACGGGAGAAAUAGUAGGAACAAUUUUCGAUGAAGAUUUCAACCGCCUAUUGCAAAUCACAAACACAAUUCAUCGUUCAGGAUCAAUUGAGAUUGCAAAGCUUCAAGCAAAAAUGGAUGGAAAGAAGUUUUUUUGUGAAGUCAGAGUUGACAAUAAACAGUUCCCUGGAAAAAGUAAGCAAACUUACACUAUCAAUGGUGUUUGUGAAAAUGUUAAGGUGUCACAACCAGUGGGCGUUCCAGCAAAUGAUGAGGGACCCAGUACUGGACGCCGGAUUAUAAGAACCUUGACCUUUGAAGAGCCAUUAGAGGAGCAUGAAGGAAUUAUAAAUCCUGCCAUUGAAGAAAGAUGCGGAGCAAAUGAUGAGGCAACGAGUAUUGGAGGAAGUAUUAUAAGAAACUUGAGUUUUGAUGGAGCAAUUCAGCAGUCUGAAGUCACUCCGUUGGCUCCACUUAAUCGAGUUUACUCAACGGUGAUACAACAAGAAGGGAUAAUCAAAGUUACUCAGGAGGAAGAGAAAAACCCUGUUGGGUUCGCAGUAAUAAACAACCGAGACAACAACCGAGAUCUCAAAUGCAAACACUGUGGACAAACAGGGCACGAGAUGAGUGGAUGCUUUCAACUAAUUGGUUACCCGGAAUGGUGGGGUGACAGGCCCAGAUUCCAGACAGCUAGACGCGGGGCAGGGCGUGGAGGAGCAACCCGAGGCAGACAAGGGGGCAGAGGCUCGGGAGGAGGACGCGGCAACCGUCCAGUCAACGGCGGUGGCGUGACAGGUCCAGCCGCUCACACAGCCCGCGCACGAGGAAAUAAUGGACAGAAGGAGACAAUCACUUCCCAACAAUGGAACACUUUAAUGGAAUUGUUGAAAGAGAAAGAGGUGCCUCUUGACAACAAAUUUUCAGAUGACGAUGAGGCAGCACCAGCUGUGCCUAGCGAGCACUUCACGCCGCCGUCGUCCCAGCCAGUUCCCAUUCCCGUCGAGGGCACCACUGGAGCCGAUGAAACUGAAACUCGCCCCACCAAUAAUGAACCCUUGACCACCAAUAAUACCACCGAAGCAGAUUCCCUCGAUAGCCCCACUGGCGUCGCAGAACCCACUAAUCUCUUACGUCGGGGAACACGCGAACGGCAGCCUUCCACACGGCUACGAGACUUCGUUGUUCACACCAUUCAACAACCUCAAGCUGCGUCUCCAUUCCCUGAUCCACCUUCAGCAGCAACUCCGACAGAGAUAACCCUGUCCAAUAUCAACCAUACUUCACCCCUGCCAAGACCACUCGGACAAUUGCAGCGUCCCAGGCAGCAGCAGGAAGAUUUGGUUAUGGUUUAUACUGAAUUUGAAAGUUUGCAAGAGAGGAAUGCAAAAUCACACAAGGACCAAGCACUCCAAAAGGUUCAAUUGCAACCAACUACUAGGUCGAUCCACAAGAGCGAGGCUUUCAUGAAGUAGCUAGAUAAAGGUUAUUGGUAUCAAUCGAUUACUACCUUCAAGAUGACAUGUAUGAGAUAAUGAUUGAAUUUGCACGACAUUUCAUGAAGUAUCAUGCAACUUGAACAAUUCAAGUAUGACAUGGGAACAAAUGAGUAAUUUAGUUGGUUCAAAGAGCAAUUAUAAUGUAUUUUUAUUUAUGUAAAUAUUAAAUUAUUAGAUGAUAU